CCAAACUGCUGGCAUGAUCACUGAUACCAAUAUCUUCUCUACAAAAAUUCAACAUGGAUCAAACACUAAUCCACAUUUUCACUCUGAGGAUUUCAUAAGACAGCAUUAUUGUAAUGUAAUUUGUCAAACAUCUGCAUUGGAACAGAAGAAAUCUGCAUGUAGCCUUAAAAAUUGUACGAAAUCUGGUAAAGCAAUCAAAACUGAAAACCUUUUCUCUUCACAUGCCAAAGUGAUGCAUCAUAAACAAGAAGUGUCCUCAUGCUCACAGAACAAAUGCAGCGCUAUUGAUCCUAAUAUUGCAGAUGCUUUCGAAAAGUCUUCCUUGCAUGUCUUCAGUAGCACAUCCAGAAAGCACAGAAGAUUGUUUAGGUGGCAGCGCCACAGAAAAUGCAAGGUUAGCUGUUCUGGAGAAAAUCUUCUAAUGGGAAAUAAUGAAGGGCCUUCCGGGAUGAAUCUCAAGCAAAACAGUAAUGCAAAUUUUAAUCAUCAGCCUGUAGAAUCAGCAGGGCCAUUCAUCUAUGACAUAGCCAGUGAAUUAUGUGAUGCGAAGGAUCAGGAGCUUAAUAGUUUUCCUGCAUCCGUAGUAAUGGGAGAUGCUGAAGCAAUUGAUAAUCUAAACUCUCAUUCUGUGCGUUGUGAAGAGGUGUACCAAGGAUAUUCACCAUCUGUGGAAAACAGCCAUCAUCUGCCUAGAGCUAUGUCAGAGGAUAAAUGUGAAAAAGGAUCUCAUGCUGAAUCACCUCCAGAUGAGCUUCUUUCCAAUUAUAUUGGGUCCUUCAGGAACCAGCAUAUACUUAAUCACCAUUCUGACAAGGAUCCAAGUUCUGCUCCAGCACUUGCAUCGUUCUUAUACUUCCUCUUGACUUGGUUAGCGAGUUAUGCAUUUCACUGAUGUUCUGUAGUGAUCAUCUGGAUUGCAUUCAUUCUUAUUACAUUCGUCAUUUGUUUAUGAUAUACCUUCCAACACUGAAGUGAUAUACCUUCUAUGGAGCCAGUCGAAAUCGAAACUGAAACUGAGUU